UAGAUGGCAGCACCAUUAUGGAAUCAUUCGCCUUUAUGUCAGAUCGGAAUCAUAACCUCAUUUUUCCUUUUUAAUUAAGUAAACAAUGAACACAACAAAAUUAUUAACUUUUAGAGCACCUGCGGUGUCUCUAGUACAAAUUUGUGGCUUCAAAAACUUCAAAGCACCUCCAAACUAUGACCACAUCCAACUUCCUGAAAGACCCAAACUCAGGUUUAUCGAUAAACUGCCCAAUCUACCACCCAGCAUAAGACCUCCCAAAAUGCAAAAACGUCUCAGAUACAUGAGAGGACCGGAAGAUGUGCACAAUUUCCUCAUGCAUCAGCAAUUUGGAAUUAUUGCACUGGGUGGUGGAAGGCUUAAAUGGGGCCACUUUGAAAUGAUGCGGUUAACUAUUGGUAGAAAAAUGGACACAAGUAGAAUGUUUGCUUCUUGGAGAAUUGACUCUCCAUGGCAGCCUGUCACUAAAAGGGGCCAAGGCCAGAGGCUCGGUGGUGGAAAAGGGGCUAUAGAUCAUUAUGUAACACCAAUCAAAGCUGGAAGAGUAAUAGUUGAAAUAGGUGGUAAAUGUGAAUUUAAAGAAGUUGAAGAAUUCCUUACGGAUAUUGCCAACAAGUUACCUUUCAAAGCUAUGGCAGUGUCUCAGAAAAUGAUGGAAAAAAUGAGGGAGGAUGAAAAAUGGCGGGAAGAAAACAAUCAGAAUCCUUACACGAUGAAAUAUUUGAUACAGAAUAAUAUGGGAGGUUGUCAGAGGUGGGUGUCGCCUUGGGAUUUGAAAUAUUUUUGUAAAUAUGUUUAAAUGGGCAAUAAAAGUUGUUUGAUUAUUUAAAUGAGACAAAUUUUUCAAGUCUGUUGUUUGUAGAAACUACUUAACUUUCC